AUUUCAAUAUAAAUAUACGUAGAUUGAGGAUAAGUAGACACAGGUUGUGAAACUUUUCCUUCACACUAACAAAAUCCCAUGGCCUUUUAAAGGAGAAGCGAAGACACAAGGGGGGAGAGAGGGAGAGCGAAAGUAGCAGGUGAAGAGAUGGAGGUGGUGGUGCCUGUCAUGGCGCCAAGUGCACCGUGCAGCCCAAGAACCGCGGCUAUCGCCGGCGGCGACCACCUCCCGGGCUUCUGCUACUUCUUCUCCAGCGCCCCGACGAGCCCGUCCAGGGAGAGAUACGCUGGGGACGCCUCGCCAGGCGGCGGAGGCGGCGACGAGGCGACGUUUGACUUCACGCUGGGAUUCAGCGGGCAGCUGCAGGAGGCCACGCCGAUCCUCGCCGCGGCCGACGAGCUCUUCGAGGGCGGCAGGAUCCGGCCGCUGAACACGCCGCACCCGAGCAUUCUGCUGGUCGACGACACAUCCGCCUCCUACUCUUGCCCUCGGUCCCCGAGGAGAGCCGGGGCGCGCGGUGGGGAUCAAGCGGAGGCGUCGGAGAGAGGCAGGUCAAGCCGGCCCGCCCCUGUGUCGACGGCUCUGUCGAGGAGCAGGAGAGCCACACGGUCUCUCUCCCCGUUCAGAGGCGGCGGCGAGGACGACGAGUUACCUUCCUCCCCUCCGUCUCCAAGAACCUCUAUGAUGCGAGGCUGCGGGAGCGGGAGCAAGAAGUGGAGGCUCAAGGACUUCUUCCUCUUCCGGAGCGCGUCGGAGGGCCGCGCCACCGGCGGUGGGAGCAAGGACCCGCUCUUCAAGUACACCAUGCUGUCCUCCUCCUCGUCGUUCGCGCACUCUCAGAAGCUGAAGAGCGGCGACGGCAGCGCGUCCAUGCGGAAGGGGAGAGGAUCGACGGCGUCGGCCAGCGACAUUCCGUACACGGUGAACCGGGCGGCCGCUGAGGACAUGCGGCGACGGACAACGACGCCGCUGCCGUUCCACCGGAACAGCCUGUUCGGGUACCUGCGGUCCAACCCGGCGAUCCACAGCAUCAGCAGGAAGUUGGGCAGCCACUCCUCCAACCGCGGCAGGCCGACAUGACCCAUACGCAACAACACAUGCAUGCACGGCGCCGCCUCGAAAUCAUGAUGGCGCUGCAGAGAUGGCCGGAGAACGGGAGAAGUGUCACCGUUUUUACAUGUCCUUUUUUCCUUCUUAAUUUCGCAGCGCAUUCUUUCGUUUCAUGUGAACCCAAGGUUUUCAUACUACUAUACUAGUGUAGAUAUGUACGUACAUGAGACUCGCAUGGAUUUUGAGAAGAAAAAAAUCAGUAUAUUGUUCUCCAA